UAAGAAAUGACAUAAAAAUGCGGAAGGUGAAGGCGAAACGACGACAAGUGAGAAAACAUAAGUCUUAGACACAGCUAAGUCCUCUGCUGCGUUCUAGCUUAAACCAUGUCCAUCGUCAAGCACCUGAAAUCGACGCUGGUGCAGCGGGUGCCUAUUCUGUCUUGGGCCCCCACGUACACCUCGGAGAAGCUCGUCAGCGACGCCAUCGCCGGCAUCACCGUGGGCCUCACGGUGAUGCCCCAAGCCUUGGCUUACGCCACGCUCGCCGGAUUAGAGCCCCAGUAUGGGUUGUAUUCCGCCUUCGUGGGUUGUUUCGUCUACACGAUUUUCGGGACGUGCAAAGACAUCACCAUAGGUCCCACGGCGCUGAUGGCCCUGAUGACGUACCAGCAAAUCGCGGGUCGAAACACGGACUACGCGAUGCUGUUGUGUUUCUUGACCGGCGUGGUCCAGCUGGUGAUGGCCAUAUUGCAUUUAGGGGUGCUUAUCGAUUUUAUCUCCAUCCCGGUGACCGUGGGCUUCACGUCGGCGACCUCUGUGAUAAUAAUGACCUCUCAGCUGAAAAGUCUGUUGGGUUUGAAAAUCUCUUCGUCCGGUUUUUUGGACACCAUUACCAAAGUUAUUAAACAUGUAAGGGAGACGAGGAUGGCGGAUCUCGGGCUGGGGCUUGUCUGCAUCGCCGUACUGAUGUUAUUGAGGAAACUCAAGGAUUACAAACCCACCCCCAAGGACACCAAACCUACGAAAAAGCAGCGCGUCGUCGCCAAAACCCUGUGGUUGGUCUCCACCUCCCGCAACGCUCUAGUCGUCAUCAUUUGUUCAGCCACAGCCUACUACUACGAAACUACUUCUUCUUCGCCCUUCCGCUUAACCGGAACUGUGCGGCCGGGACUUCCGGACUUCAAGCCGCCACCUUUUGAGACAACCCUCAACAAUCAUACGGUCACUUUUGGCGACAUGAUUUCCGAUUUGGGGACUUCGGUGGUGUUGGUACCCGUGAUUGGAGUGCUGGGGAAUGUGGCCAUCGCAAAGGCCUUCGCGAGCGGACAGAUGAUCGACGCCACUCAGGAACUUCUCACCCUGUCGAUGUGUAACGUUUUUGGGUCGUUUUUCUCGUCCAUGCCCAUCACUGGGUCGUUCUCGAGGUCGGCGGUUAACCAUGCCAGUGGCGUGCAGACGCCAUUAGGGGGAGUUUUUACUGGGAUAAUGGUUCUGUUAGCACUCAGUUUCCUUACCCCGUAUUUCGCCUUCAUUCCAAAAGCGUCUCUAGCUGCUGUUAUCAUAAGUGCUGUCAUUUUUAUGAUUGAAUAUGAAGUGGUGAAACCCAUGUGGAGGUCUAGUAAAAAAGAUCUAGUGGCCACUUUUGCCACUUUCGUGUUUUGUUUGGCUAUUGGGGUGGAAUACGGGAUUUUGGUGGGGGUUGGAAUUAAUAUUAUUUUCCUAUUGUACCCUUCAGCGCGUCCUACUGUAUAUGUGGAGAAAGUCAAGACGUUCUCCAAUGGAAUCGACUACAUCAUGAUCACCCCCGGCAACAGCCUCUACUUCCCGGCGGUCGACUUCAUCAAAACCAGCGUCGGAAAAGCCGGUCUUAACUCGAAAAAUCUCCCUGUAGCAAUCGACUGCCGGUUUAUCCUAGGCGCUGAUUUCACCGCCGCCAAAGGAAUCUCCGCCCUCAUUAACGAAUUCCUCAUCCGCAAACAACCCCUCUACUUCCUAAACACGCGAGACGAAGUCGUGACCGUGUUCAGAGGCGUCUUUGACAACGACUUCAAGUACUUUAACUCGAGAGAAGAAAUGGAGGCCAUCCUCGAAGACAACAAACGCAAAGAAAUCGAGAGCGAAGACACCCAUUUGUUGAACAACGGCGCCAUCUGCCACAACCAAUGGCGACACUCCAUGACCGAACUGAACGAAAUCUCAUACGGCGACAGCAACAUUUCAUACCGAAAAGUCGCCACAGAACCAUGAGCCCUCUACUUAACUUAACGAAUUUAUACUAUGUAUAACUGUCUCAAUACACGUUUUUUAUUCAA